AUGGCAGAUCUCCCCAAGACCAUGCAAGCUUUGCGCUACUCCAAGCCUGAGGAGUACGGAAUCGUCACCGUCCCUCUCCCAAAGCUCCGUCCCAACGACAUCUUGAUCAAGGUCAAGGCCUGUGGUGUCUGUGGCACUGAUUUGCACAUUCACGAGGGAGAGUUCAUUGCAAAGUUUCCACUCAUCCCCGGACAUGAGACCGUCGGUGUCGUUGCCGCUGUUGGUCCAGAAGUCAAGGGCUUUGCGGUGGGCGAGCGUGUCGUAGCCGAUAACUCCGAGUUGUGCAACGAAUGCUUCUACUGCAGACGUGGCCAGCUGUUGCUAUGCGAGCACUUUGAGGCACACGGUGUGACCAUGGACGGAGGCUUUGCCGAGUACUGUGCAUACCCUGCAGGAAAGGUCUUCAAGAUCCAUAACUUGUCCGAUGUCGACGCAACUCUCCUUGAGCCAGCUUCCUGCGCUGCUCACGGUCUCGAAAAGAUUGCCCCAAAACUCGGCUCAUCUGUUCUCAUGUUCGGAGCUGGCCCUACUGGACUGAACGGUGGAUGCCACGUAGUGGUUGCUGCCCCUGAAGGUCUCAAGAUGGACCUUGCUAAGAAGCUUGACGCCGGUGAUUCCUACAUAGAACUUUCUCGCAAGGACCCUGAGGUCCAGUUUGCCAAGCUCAAAGAGGACCACCCUUACGGCUUCGACAUUGUCGUCGAGGCUACCGGAUCUCCCAAGAUUCUCGAAGAUGCUAUCAACUACGUCCGCCGUGGGGGAAAGCUCGUCGUGUAUGGUGUUUACUCGGCAUCUGCCCGUGUCUCCUGGCCACCAUCCAAGAUCUUCGGAGACGAGAUCACCAUCCUGGGUUCUUUCUCCGAGACCUAUAUGUUCCCCGCUGCUAUCGACUACCUUGACUCAGGCAAGGUUAAGGUCAAGGGUAUCGUCAACAAGACUUACAAGCUCGAGCAAUGGGGCGAGUGCUUGGAGGCUAUGAAGAACAAGAGCGCUAUCAAGGCUGCUAUUGUCUUUGAAUAG